CUUCUCUCCAGCAGCAGCAGCCGCCGCCGCAGCGGCAGCAUCCUCCUCCUCAGACCGUCUGAGGCGGCGGACUGAGCGGAGCCACGAGCAAAGUUCAGAGGGUCUGAAGCCGGAGCACAAAGUCCAACCACAGCAAGUCCUCUGCGAACAGGCUCUUCCAACGACUAUUAGAUGUGUCUGCUUUGGAGAAUUGACCCCAGAACUGUGUGUAACGUGGGGAUUACAUGGGUCACAGCGCUGGAGAGCCUCAGCAGCAAUGUGAAUGGAGAUGAUGGUUUGCACCUAAGGUAGAGGCCUCCCUGCAUCCUGUCUCAAGAUGAGCCAGGGGCCAAACCUCGUGCUCGAGUGGCUCUCCAAGCUCGAUCUCUCCCAGUACGUGGAGGCCUUCAUAGACAACGGGUACGACGAUUUGGAGGUCUGCAAGCAGAUCGGGGAGCCGGACCUGGAUGCCAUAGGUGUCCGCAUCCAGUAUCACAGGCACAGGCUGCUCACAGCGGUGGAGAGGCUGAAAGAGGAGGAGAAUCGAAAAGCAACGGGUUACUAUUUCACCUUAGAGCCUCUGGACGCCUCUGCCUGUCACCACACCUCACAAUCAAACCGAGAGGAUGACUUCCUGACGCUGGGGUCACACACGGGGACCACAGGAGUUCACCAGGUCUCCUGCCCUGGAAACCAUAACCUGCGAUACACAGAUUGUAAUGACUUUGUGACUUAUCCCAAACUGAAGCUGAAGGUACUGAUAAGGGAUAAACUCGCUAAAGAGGGGAUUAACCUUGGAGAAGCACCGUACACCCACAAGGAUGGCUCAGUGGGGAACUUUGAUGACCUGGCGCAUGAGUACUCUCAGUAUUACGGCACCUCCCUGAGUGACGUGUGUGAAAGAAUGGAGGAGCUGCGGAAACGCAAAGUAGUGAACGAUACAGAGAUGGGAAAGGUUGACUCAGCGGCCACAUCAGUGCAGCUCCGCUCUCAGAUCCAGGAAUCCCUUGGACUCAGCAGCACCAUGUCCACUCCGGAGACAGAAAGAAGGUUUCCUGUGCACAAAUCCAGCUCUGAUGAUGGAUCAUCUGGAGGAAAAUUGGAUGGAAAGAGAAAGAGCAAGUCUAUUUGGCAAAGUUUCCGGAAGUCACAGAGAGGAGUGAUGCGUCAGAUUUCAAAAGGCUCAGGUGACGUCGUUGGUUUUGUGGCCAGUGAAAUUACCAUGAGUGACGAAGAGCGUAUCCAGCUGAUGAUGAUGGUGAAGGAGAACAUGAUCUCCAUCGAGGAAGCCCUGGCACGGCUGAAGGAGUUUGAGAUUCAAAACAGACAGACGUGCAGGUCUGAUCCCACAGAAUGGACCGAUCCCUCCAGUCCCAACACAAAUGAAUCACUCAACUACAGCCCUUGCGACCUGUCAGACAACGAUCAAGAGGAAUCCGUUACGUUCAGGAGGCUCCAUAAACUGGUCAACUCCACCCGGAAGGUGAAGAAGAAGCUGAUCAGAAUUGAUGAGUCUAAGAGGCCUGGAGCAGAGGAGAGCCUGAACACAGACGGUCUUCCCUGUGAAGAUGCCGCCGCCUCCCUGUACUCGGGUGUGCUGAAGAAGCCUGCAGUUUGCCCCAUGGACCUGCUGGCUUCAGCUCUGCAGGAGCAGCUCAUAUAUGACCGGGACUCUGACAGCCUGACCACCUCCCCCUCCUCCAGCAGUCUGGACACAUGCAGCAGCCAGAAAAUCUUCCAGGCCUUCAGGAAGUCCAGCGAGAGCCCAGUUCAUCAGGAGGCGAGUGGAACGGGGGAGGUGAGGGAGGCAGGCGAGGGCAGGGCCUCUUCCUUUUCUGAAACUGAGGGCUGCAAUGAGGAGGAGCUCAAAAUCGCUCGCUCGGUGACCGAAGGAGAGCUCCGUCACCGUAUCCUCAACCCACUCGGCCACCACGGGAGAGCUUGUAGCUUUGGAGGAUUUGACCUGACCAACCGCUCGGCGCUCACAGUCAUGCCUGACAGUGACCCCACCAACAAACAUGGAGACGGUGGAGUGCGAGACACUGUAAAGUCUCCACCAACAUCACGUAUUUCUUUGGGCAAAAAGGUCAAGUCUGUGAGGGAAACGAUGAGAAAACACAUAUCCAAGAGAUACCACAGUUCUCUGUCUGAACAGUCGAGUCCAGAUCGCAUAUCCAGCUGCCCUCACUCCCCUCAGAUAGACUCGAACACUUUGGAGAAACCCAAACUGAAACCAGGAGGGUCUGUAGAGAGUCUGAGGAGUUCUCUCAGUGGGCAAAGUUCAAUGAGUGGUCAGACGGUGGGCACCACUGACUCCUCCAACAGCAACAGAGAGAGUGUGAAGUCAGAGGACGGGGAGGAGGACGAGCUGCCAUACCGCGGACCCUUCUGUGGACGAGCUCUGGUUCAUACUGACUUCACCCCCAGUCCCUACGACACUGACUCCCUCAAACUGAAGUGUGGCGACGUCAUUGACAUCAUCAGUAAGCCACCGAUGGGCACGUGGAUGGGGAUGCUCAACGGCAAAGUCGGCACCUUCAAGUUCAUUUACGUGGAUGUGCUGAAUGAAGAGGAGGCGAAGCCCAAAAAGACGCGCAGGAGGAGGCGGGCCCGGCAACCCAAACCCACCUCUGUGGAGGAGCUGCUCGAUCGCAUCAACCUCAAAGAGCAUCUCCCCACCUUCCUGUUUAACGGCUAUGAGGAUCUGGACACGUUCAAGCUGCUGGAGGAGGAAGACCUGGAUGAGCUGAACAUUAGAGAUCCCCAGCACAGAGCAGUGCUUCUCACCGCCGUGGAGCUGCUGCAGGAGUAUGAUGGUAGCAGUGACCCCGAGCGGGGCAGUCAGUCCGGAGGCUCACAGGAGAAGCUGCUCCUGGACAGGCGCGGCCUCCUGGGAGACUCCCCGCGAGACUCGGGCUGCUACGAGAGCAACGAGAACCUGGAGAAUGGAAGGGACAAAAAGACUUCUUCGCCCAUGAGCAGGUCCUCCUCUGGUUUCCCGUCAAGCCUCCUCUCAUCCCCCGAGUACCCUGCCCUCCCUUUGACCCUGACCUCCAACAGCCCAAGUAAGACUUUACUCCACAGUGACCCAGGCUGGCAGCCUUGUAUCUUACCAUCACUAACAUGCCCCAAGAACAGUUUAAGUCCCCUGAGCUCAGCAAAAGCUCAUCUUCCCAGCAGAACCAUUGCUAGGAGCCAGAGUUGCAUGGAGCUGAGGAGAAGCCCAGCGAUGGAGCCGCUGGUUCGCUGCUCCUCCCUGUCAGGCCUCCACAAAGAGCCGAGGAAUAAACUCUCUGACCCUAAAGUCUGGAAUCUGAGCCCCAGUUCCAAGAGUGAGGAGAGCACGGAGCAAACAGCAAAUCCUCAAAAGCAUUUCAUGCCCUUGUUUCCAUCCUCCCAGUCUUCAACCGCCGCAAACAAGGCUGCGUGCGGCGUGUUUCCAAACCCUCAACAAGGAGGAACAACACAGAGCACACGCCUCAAGCAGCCACCCACAGAACCAGAAGAAAGGUCCAGUCAUCCUGUGAAUAUGUCCUCCAUGCCUUCCCUGACAGAACCUUCCUGCAUCUACAACUACACAAACCACAUCUCCUCAGAGGACAAGAAGGGCCAUUCGCUUUCAGCCACUUCUGAGGCCCGUCGGCUGAAGAUGAAAAGAAAUAAGAAGCUGUCAGUGAAUCUGGGUUCAUUGAUGGAAGAGAGACUCCAGAGUGUAGAGCCGCCUCCUGAAAAGUUCUUGGCAUCAACAGCACAGUAAGGUGCCGAUUUUAUAAAUGUAAAUUGCUGCUGUUGGAUAGGCACCGUUUUUUUUGUUGUUUUUUAUUCCAGAUGUUUGAAAUACAGAUUUUUUUUGUGUGUGUUUGUUUUCAAAUAACUUGCUUUCUGAAAAUGUAACCACAUAUUAUUGGGGGGAAAAAACGCUGUUGCCUGCCAUAAAAGAUCUGAGGGCAAAUGCAAAUGAAUGACAAACAUCGCAGAUUUAUUUACACCACAGUCCCAGAUGUUCCCCAUUCAGCUAAAUCCAAUCUUUACAGGGAAACUGCCUUUUUAAAAACAGUUAAUGUUUAAAUAAGUAAAUAUUUAUUGAAAUUAUUCUUUAUUUCGAUUUUACUGAAGUUAAAUGUUUUCUCUGUUUAUUUGUCGUAACUUUCACAGAAGAGACAUUGACAUGUCGCUGUAGGAAAAUGAAUGGAUUCCAUUUAGCUGCUUCACUGUCAGGGUCCUGGUUGAGGCUGGCACGUCUCACAGGGACGCUUGAAUAGAUUCUGGUUAGUGCCUCCGCCAAGGAUUGUACGUCUGUUGGUUUUUAAGCAAGAUUACAUAAAAACAUCAGAACAGAUUUCCAUGAAACUUAAUGGAAGGAUGCAGAUUGAGAGUGUGAGAUGUGGUGCAGCUUGAUUCAAGUUAAGGACUUUGGUAGAAGUGUGCCCUCUACUGAGUCUGGUUGUUAAUGUUUUCUGUGUCACAUGUUUUUCUGCUGUGACGAGUCAAAUCUUUACUGACCUUCAGAUGAGCAGCAUAAAUAAGAACAUAAGUUUCCAGACAAACCAUUAUUAAGAGAAACGUGUGGAUUCUUGUGUCUUGUGAUUUCAAGUAAUGACAGGAAAAUGAAAUGUUUAAUGUUGUUGGCACAAUAAACAAUUAGCAGUGUUGUGGCAAACAGGUACAAUAUACAAACAGUUUAAAGUUGAGUAGUUUAACAAUUGCACUCAAACAUUUGUUUUUAAUUUCACAUCAGUUUCAUAUCAAUUAAUGUACAGUAUUUUCAAGUUCAGCAAUUAAUUUAUCAAUAAAGGUUUUUAUAUAUGAGCUUUAUAUAAUGCUAAUCACACUUCUACAUCAAUAAAGUUUUUUAUUUGAAUGAA